AUGGCCGGGUCUGUGUGGAAUAGAAAUAGCUGGCAUUGGGAGGAAAAAAAUUAUAGUAAAUGGGGUGAGUCUUAUAUUAAAUAUAAAUUAAAUAAUUUAAAACUUGAAACGGAGCAGCUGUCUAUUUAUUUCGAUAAAUUUGAUAUAACAGGGAACGCUAGCGUUUCGGUUAGAAAAGGAAAACAAAUUAACUCCUUUGAAUAUGAUAUAAAGUUUAGUUGGUUUUAUUUAAAAACAACAGAAAAUAAAGAAUGUUCUGGUGGGAAUGUAGAAAUACUGGACUUCUCAAUCUGUUCAGUGGAAGAUAAUGACUACGAAAUUAACGUUCAAAUGAACGAAGACAAGGAAGAAUCGAGAAAAGCAUACGACAUACUAAGAAAGGAGGGAAAAGAAAAAAUAAAAAAUGCACUGAAAGGAUUUCCAUCUGAUCUUUUGAAACAUGAUACAGAUGAAUCAAAUAAGGAGACAAAAAUUAAAGGAGAUGAAGAAGAAAAAUUGCAAAAUAUAAAGACACAAAAUAAUAACGAAAAUGAACGACAUAAUAUAGGGGUAAAUAAUAUAAACAAUAACACUGACCAAGAGAAAAAAGAAGGGUCCGUAUGGAAUAUUAAUAAUUAUCACUGGGAGGAAAAAUGCUUAACAAAAUGGGCAAAAGAAGAAUUAAAAAAUAUAUUAGAUAAAACAAAAAUAGAACUAAGUAAUAACAUUCUUUUAGAAUUUUUUUGUUCAGAGGUAGAAGGAGAAGCUUCUUCUAGUUUAAGAAAAAAAAAAAAAAUUUUAAUUUACGAUUUAAAAGUUAGUUGUGAAUGGAAAGCAUUUAAAAAAAACAAAAAUAAUGGGAUUGAGAUGGAGACAAAAGGACAUGUAAGUGUCAAUGAAAUUAUUUCUGAUUAUUCUUCAGAUGAUGAAAAUAAGUACAAGUAUAAUUUCGUUUUUGAUAAUACCAUUUCCGAAUGUAUGCACAUUAAUCAUGUGGUGAAAAUGGAAGCUCCAAGCAAGAUAGAAAAGGUAAUAGAUGAGUUUAUUUCAAAAAUGAGGGAUAAGUAG